GAACACAAACUUACAAGAACAGUUUAAAAGUUUUUUUCUUACUUAAAAUUCUCUCUUUUAAGUAGUCAAAGUUUGGAACUUGAACACCAUAAAAUUCAUCAAUUUUACUCCAACUUGUCUAAAAAUCUAAUCUUUUUUGAUCACUAUAAUAACCAAUCUUGAUUCAUCAAUAACUCGAGUUGAGAAAUAUAUACAUUGAUCUCUCUGUUACAGUCAAUUGUCAGAAAAAAAGAAACAUGAAGUUCUUCGGGUGGAUGCAGAACAAGCUUAAUGGGGAUCAUAACAGAACAAGCACUUCCUCUGCUUCUUCUCAUCAUGUGAAGCAAGAACCAAGAGAGGAGUUUAGCGACUGGCCUCACGCGCUGCUUGCUAUUGGAACAUUCGGUACAACAAGCAAUAGUGUGAGCGAAAACGAGAGCAAGAAUGUUCAUGAAGAGAUUGAAGCGGAGAAGAAGUGUACGGCACAAUCCGAGCAAGAAGAAGAGCCUUCUUCCUCUGUCAAUCUUGAGGAUUUCACUCCUGAAGAGGUUGGAAAGUUGCAGAAAGAGUUGAUGAAGCUCUUGUCAAGAACUAAGAAAAGGAAGUCUGAUGUGAAUAGAGAGCUCAUGAAAAAUCUUCCUUUAGAUAGAUUCUUGAACUGUCCAUCGAGUUUAGAGGUGGAUAGGCGAAUCAGCAAUGCGCUUAGCGCUGUUGUGGAUUCGUCAGAGGAGAAUAAGGAGGAAGAUAUGGAGCGAACGAUUAACGUUAUUCUAGGUAGAUGCAAAGAGAUAUCAAUAGAGAGUAAGAAUAACAAGAAGAAGAGAGACAUAAGCAAGAACUCUGUCUCAUAUCUUUUCAAGAAGAUUUUUGUCUGCGCAGAUGGGAUUUCUACAGCCCCAAGCCCUAGCUUGAGAGACACGCUUCAAGAAUCAAGAAUGGAGAAGUUGUUGAAGAUGAUGCUCCAUAAGAAGAUUAAUGCUCAAGCCUCCUCGAAACCAACAUCAUUGACAACAAAGAGAUACUUGCAAGACAAGAAACAGCUCUCACUGAAGAGUGAGGAAGAAGAAACUAGCGAAAGAAGAAGUAGUAGCGAUGGAUAUAAAUGGGUCAAAACAGAUUCUGAUUUCAUAGUUCUCGAGAUAUGAUCCAACCUUCAUCAUUCAAGCUCUUGCAAAAUCUUCUUCCAAGUAUAGGUAAUUAAGACACAACGAUAAAAUCUCUUAAGUUACAAUGUUUUUCUUUCAUGAACUCAUGCAAGAUACUCUUUCAUUUAAUGCAGAUUCAAAAUCUUCUCGAGAAAAUUUAAAGAAGUAAUGAAUGAGUCUCCCAUUUCAGAGGAAUUUUUUUGGUGCAUCUGCAAAUUAAGCCCUGGACGUUUCAGAAUGUUUUUAACUUCUUUUUUUGCAUGAUUUGAUCUGUGGGCAUUUGUGUCCAUAGAACCAAACAUGUUCUUGAAAUUGCGUACAUGUGUAGAUAUGUAUAUGAGAUGUCAGAGUGAUAUACAUACAUACCUGUGUGCGUGUGAUUUGUGUAAUUUUAAGGUGGAUAACCUCAGCUUAUAAAGAUUCAAUCAUUCUUCUUUGU